AUGAAUGAGAUGUAUGGUGCACGUAGUGACAGUCUGGACCAUAAUAACACCCAGAACGGUGCAGGGCUGAGAAAUGACCAGUUCAGCGCCCUCGUUCCCCAAAAGCAUGCAGAUAGUAGAGAAGGUGUAUUGCACAGAGACACAGGCACAUCUCGACAAAGAGAGUCUAUUGUCGCCAUGCCAUCUACUCUGACCGCUGUCAAACCGGAUGAACCGAUGCGUGGAACCCCUUUAUCUUUCACGGAUGUAACAUACACCGUAAAGAUUGGCCAGGUGAAGAAAAAGAUACUGACAAAUGUGAGCGGCUAUAUCGAGGGUAACUCCUUCGCGGCCGUUAUGGGUAGUUCCGGUGGGGGUAAGUCAACGCUCCUUGACGUUCUUGCCCAACGCAAACCAACGAAAACAGUCAGCGGCAGAGUUCUGGUAGAUGGUGUUCCUGCAACGAAGUAUUUCAAGUAUACGUGCGGCUAUGUGCAACAGGAAGACUAUGUGUGCGGCACACUCACUGUGCGGGAGAAUCUCAUGUUCUCUGCCAACCUGCGUUUACCGAACGAUAUGGCCAGGGCAGACCGGAAAGCACGCGUGCAGAAUGUGAUUGAGGAACUAGGCUUGUUGAAGGUGGCCGACAAUCGCAUAGGCACACGCCUGCUGCGAGGGAUCUCAGGCGGUGAACGCAAACGCGUCUGCAUCGGCAUGGAACUCGUUAAAAUGCCCACCUGUCUCUUCCUUGACGAGCCAACCACAGGCCUAGACGCCAACACAUCGGAGAAUCUGAUGAAGACACUCAAAGAGCUGACAACGAAGGGUGUUACUGUGGUGGUUUCUAUCCAUCAGCCACGGUACUCUAUCUUCAAGCAGUUCGACACACUGUUUCUGUUGAGUGCAGGUGCUUUCGUGUACGCUGGUCCCGCCACUGGCGCGACGCCAUACUUUGCGCGUCUGGGUUACGUGUGCGAGCCACACAACAACCCCGCGGACUUCCUACUGGACGUCACCAACUCAGAGUGUCUGAAGCUGGCUCAGGGUGACGAGGAUGACGAUUACGUGUCACUUGCUUCACUGUACACGUCAUCGGACGAAUGUCGUUCCAUGUCACACCAGUUGGCCAUGCAGCGCCAAGAGACUCUCUUCUCAGACCGAUUCGAUGACGCAGGUCUGCGUAAGAUUGGUUUAGAGAGAGAAGCGGACACGGGUACUGACGAGGUGGUGUAUGAGGCCAGCUUUACCAUGCAGGUGGCCCUUACGUGUCAACGGACACUGCGCAACUCUAUCCGCAACCCAGAAACAUCGAUUAUGCAGUUUGUUUCGCUGGCCCUGUUCGGUGUGGUCACUGGAAUCACCUUCCUCGGCUUGGGCGAUGGCAUUGGGGGGCUGCAGAAUCGGGUCGGAGCAAUGUUUUUCAUUCUGCUUUCAGCGGUGUUUAGCAACAUGUCCGCCAUUGCCAUCUUCAUCGAUGAGCGUGAGCUGUUUGUGAACGAGAAGAUGAACGGCUACUACCGCGCAGAGGCGUACUUUGUGGCUAAGACAUUGAUAGAUCUGGUGUUCAUGCGUGCCAUCCCCCUGGCCAUCUUCCUCUCCAUCGCGUACUUCAUGUGUGGCUUUGUGGCCUACCCCAUCACCAACUAUCUGCUCUUCCUGCUAACCACUGAGCUGGUGGGUCUGUGUGCUGUGUCCAUCUGCUUCGUGCUGAGCUGCACGGUGUCGUCCUUCGCACUCGCUCACCUGUGCGUGACCAUGAUCUACGUGAUCAUGAUGGCGUUCGGUGGGUUGCUGGUUAAUGUCAACACGAUGCCCUCGUGGUUGAGUUGGCUUAAGUGGUUGUCGAUCAUCUACUACGGCUUGGAGGUGCUUGAAAGUAUCGAACUGUCCGGCAUGAGCUUCGAAUGUGCACCCGGGGUUCCGUGUAUAACCGGUGACAUGUAUUUGGAGACCCAGGGCUUCAGCACGAGCGUAUGUGGCUGA